UUAGUCUGUUUCAGAGGGAGGACUGCAGGUGCAACAAGAUUUUGACAUGUCAAGAAAUCUAGCUGGCAAGCUAGCUAGCUAACAGUAUUAUUUUUCUGAUUAGUUGUAGCAUUUACUCAAACCAACCUUUUACUGAUGUAUUGCAAAUACGUAUGUUUGUUGCUCACUGCACACCAGUUUGUAUAGUUAGCUAGCAAGCGUCUGAAAAUGAUAUACCACAUCCCCUGGAUAUAUUUACCAGUGAGGACUGCCCUAGCAAUCUGGCACCAGCUGACAAAGUCUGAGAUCCCAGAGCUGGCCAAGGCCUCUGUGCUGAUGAGGGACCGCAGAAGAGUGGAGGAGACCAUACAGGCCAUGCAACGAGCCGGGCCAGAUGCCCUCCAGGUGAUCUCGGACUUUGACAUGACCCUCAGCAGAUUUGCCCACAACGGGAAGAGGUGCCCCACCACUCACAAUAUACUGGAUAACGACUUGCUCAUCAAUGACACCUGUAAGAAAAUGAUUAGGGAGUUGUUGAAUACCUACUACCCCAUUGAGAUCGACGCAACUCGCACUGUUGAGGAGAAGCUUCCUCACAUGGUGGAGUGGUGGACCAGUGUCCAUGAGCUGCUGAUCCAACAGAAGAUCAGGAGGGACCUGCUGGCUCAGGCAGUGAAGCAGUCCAGUGCCAUGCUCAGGGAGGGCUACAAGGUGUUCUUCGACCGGCUGCAGGAGCAGCAGGUUCCUCUGUUGAUCUUCUCGGCUGGCUUGGGGGACAUCCUGGAGGAAGUGAUCAGGCAGAACCACGUCUUCCACCCCAACGUCCACGUCAUCUCCAACUACAUGGAUUUUGACCAGAGCGGUGUACUGCGGGCAUUCAAAGGCCAGUUGAUCCACACGUUCAACAAGAGAGAGGGCGCUCUGCUCCACGCGGACCACUUCAGGGAGCUCAAAGAGCGGCCCAACGUGCUACUGCUAGGGGACUCUCUGGGAGACCUCACCAUGGCCGAUGGGGUGGCCCACACUCAGCACGCCCUCACCAUAGGCUUCCUCAAUGACCAGGUGGAGGAGAGGAAAGAGUCAUACGUCAACUCAUACGACAUCGUCCUGGUCAAGGAUGAAACCAUGGACGUCCCCAACGCCAUCCUCAACUACAUCACCACUGCGCCGGCCAAGUGAACCGCCGUGAGGACGCAACGAAUCACGGGCCAAAAGUUAAACUAAGGUCCGGUUACUUCCCGUUUGCACAGGCUCCAGGACUCAACCGCCACGAUGGACGACAUCACAAAGAGAGGAAGUUGACCCUUUGUUGACCUUUACAAAGCUGCAUGCAUCACAAUAAUCCUCAGGCACCUUCAAACCAAUUCAACACCUCAGUGACAUUAUUUUAAAUUAAACCACCUUGUUUCACGUGUGGGGUUGGUGCUGCCUUCCCAUCCACUGAAGCCCCUCGAUUCUGUUAACCUAACGUUUGUACCGAUUUACUGUAUGUUUCUAUGAUGUCUCUACUACCAUUUUGAGAAGUGGUUGAUUUUGUAGCUAAGUUAAAGGCCAGCAUUCUGAUCGCGCUUUGUCGGCUAUGCGCCUUUUAAAGGUGAAUGCCGUCUCCACGCUGUUAUGAGAGAAUGUUAUUAACUUUAUUUUCCAAGGCAUAGGGCUGUGUAACGAGCAUCCACUGUAUCGCCCAGUAAGUAUUCUAACAUGAGAGUUGAUCAGUGAUAGUGUGUGUGUGUGUAUAUGAGACUAGUCUUAAUCUAAAUGUAUAUCUAUACCCAUCCUCUAAUUUGUGAGGCGAAAUUAUUUUGUGAUUGUCAAGUGUGUAUGCUGCCCUAUGCACAUUUGACCAAAUGUAGUAUAUAAAUGUAUUUAUUUGGUUGAACAAGUACUGUAACAGAUGAAAUGGUUACCUCACGAGUCACUCUGUGGGAGUUCAGUAGAACAUUGUCAGUGGCAAAUGCUUAUGCUGCUAGAAAAGCUUUCCUUGACAAUUAAAGGGAUGGUUCACCUAAAUGUAAUAUGGUCAUGCAAAUUAUGACAUUUGGGAGAAAUGUCCCUUUAACCACUAUUUUGCACAUUUCUUUUACAGAGGUAUUGGUUUCCUUGUAGGCAGAUACUUUCAAACUGGAUGUCUAUAUAAGCUGAGAUUUCCCGGCAUUCUAAAAUAAUAGUGCUUUAACUAUUAUUCACAUUUCAAAUGUAUGUCAUUGAACACUUGUCUUUUGACCUAACGAAGGGUGAAGACAGUUGUGAACAAAACAAGAUGUGUUAUUUUGUGGUUUUCUGUUUUUUUUAAUCUACAUUUUAAAUACUUUCCAAUACUGCCACCUAGCAGGCAUUUUCAAAGGUAUCCCUGCAUGUAGUUUGUAACAUUUGAUUAGUCUCUGACAAUCACAUCCUGCAAAAAAAAAAGAGAUGUUUAUUUUUCUAAAAAUGGUUUUAUUGGUGUAAACAUCAGAUCAGGAACAUAUGGUGCUGGUUUGGUAGGUUGAUUUGUCAACGCGUAAUUCAUUUUUUUUUCUUCACAUCCCUUUAUCAAACAUGACCAAAUCAUGCAACACAGAUAUUAUUCUUGUAAGACUCUUUACCCACCAUCUAAAAUGUAUGACACCUGUUAAGGGAUCACUGUAUAAAAAAGGGUCUCUCUUGGAAUAUU